ACCCAGUUGUUUUAAUUCGUAUCUCCCACCACCUCUCGUUAAUGAACAAGAAAUAGUGUCUCUUUGCGCCUUCUCUUAUUCCAUCUCUUCGUCAUCACUGUGAGAGCCCUCCCUCCCUCUGUUUCGCUCUCUCUCUGUGUCUCUCUCUCUCCCUUUUCAUCUACAUUCACGUGUUCUUGUUCGUUCUUCUAGCAGAAAUUUUUCCUACUACCACUGCUUUUGGAUACCAUGACAACCAGUUUGGGGCUGAUAUAUGGCCCAUGGCAAACAUGGGCAGCAACAGGAGCCUUGAUGAAAGUGAUGCUUCCAUGCGGCAAAGACUUGUCAAUAGUCUAAGCCAGAGCUUCCCAGGGAGUGCGCUGUCACGUGCUCUCAAUUAUAUGGACUCUGAUUCCGAAGAUAUGAAGACCGAUCCUCUGAGUAACAGUUGUUUCACAGAACUACGCCUUGAUAAAGGGCCCAUGGAUGAAGACGAUGAACUAACGAGCCUUGCGUGGCUGCAGGACACCAAUUUGAUCAAGAACAUUAAUGCUGGUGAGGUGGAUGACCAGCUAACAGAUGAGGACGGACAAAAAGAAAAUGGAGACAUACAAGCUGUGGUCCCUGCAUCAACCCCAAUACACCCACCCCAUGUACCAUAUAAUCCUCAAAAACAUAUCAACAAUAAACCCCCUUAUUCCUUUAGUUGCCUAAUUUUUAUGGCAAUUGAGGAAUCCCCACAGAAAAGCUUGCCUGUCAAAGACAUCUACUCUUGGAUAUUAAAGAAUUUCCCUUACUUCCUAAGCGCACCAACAGGUUGGAAAAAUUCAGUGCGGCAUAAUUUGUCACUGAAUAAAUGCUUCAAGAAGGUUGAGAAAGAAAAAGGCCAGAGUAUUGGCAAGGGUUCUCUCUGGUGCAUUGAUCCUGAUUAUCGACCCAACCUGCUCCAGGCCCUACGUAAAACGCCAUACCACCCUUACCAUCAAUUACAGAUGCUGGCCGGUAAUCAGACAGCUCAAGCAAACUCCAAUAGUAAUCAAUACAAUGUGAAACCCGUGCCACUGGCCCCCAAAUUUAGCCCUAACAGCCUUUCACUUUCUCAUCUCUUCCCAUUUUUAAGCAAAAGGUUAGCUCAGUCUGGCUGUGAUACAGAUUCUGACAUCCAUGAUGUGGCAUAUACCUUGAUGUCUAUGAAAGGACUCAAUAAACAAAAUUCCAGACGAUCUGGAGAUGUGGAGAACUCAGGUGAAAAUAAUACUCGUUUGAAACUGAAAAGAAAACAAAGAGGUGCUCCAUAUGGUCCUGUUCGCAAAAAGCAAGCUGGCCCAAUUGUAUGUACCAGCAGCCCGAGUGAGGAUCACAACUACAGUGCCACAUCAACUCAAGCAACAGACGACGACAGCUAUGAUGUAUCCAGCUCUUCUAUCGAUGAUGAGUAUGACUUUGGCCCUGAACCAGAUGAAGGUGAAGAUGAUGAGGAUGCCUACAGUGACUUUGACAGCUACCACAGUGAUUUUGAUGAAGAAGAAAGCUUCAGCGAAGAGGAUACUGGGAACCGCCCACACCAGGCUAAUGGCUCUCAGCAAGCAGUGUCUUCAAACGCAUCAGUUAUUACGUCUGUUGUCAGUAUGACAACUGCAAGCCCAAGCAUCGACUCUGCGACAAAGACUGUCACGAAAGAAGGAUUUCCUUUCGUUCCGCAGUCAGGUAAAAAUGCUAAUGAAGCUAGGGACAAAUUCAUUAACAGACAACACCGCAGUAAGAAGCGGUUGCCCAUUCUUGAUGAAGACGAGAAAAAGAAAAUUGCCGAGGGUGCAGAUGCACUUUUGAACCUGGCAGGGAUCAAGACAACUCAGAUAACGAAAACAUCUACCACAGCUGCAGUUGCAGUAGUUGCAACGACAGCCACUACAAACACAUCACUCUCACUAACCCCUACACCAGCCAUUGAAGCACCGACGUUUACCGUGAUUGGUUCACAAGAUUCAACCUUAUUGAAUGGCUCAGAAACAUGGACAGAGGUUUGCAGCUCGGUGCUCGAGACAUCCGCCAACCAAAAUAAUGUUUCAGUACCCCAGCCCUCCACCACCACCACCACUUCCACCACCACCACCACCACUAAUCAACAGAAUGUCUUGGUGUCUGAGCCCGCUAACGACACCAACCAACAGACUAUUUCAGUGUCUCGGUCUUCUGCCAACCAGCAAUAUGUUUCAGUGUCUGAAUCGUCUGCUAAUCAGCAGGACGUCUCGGUAUCUGAGCCCUCUGCUACCACCCAGGUUUAUGUGUCAACAACCGAACCCUCUGCUAACCAGGAGAGUAUCUUGGCAUCUGGACUCCCUGUUAAACAGGAGGAUGUCUCAGCGUCUGCCAUCAACCAGCAGAGGGUUUCGUGACCAUUGAUUGGCUCAUAACCUCACAUAAUUUCAGGAAUCGGAAGGAAACGUAUGUAACUUCAGUUAAUGGGAAAGGGGAGAAGGUAAAUUGGUCAGGUGAGAAUGAAUGAUUGGUUUAGAAAGGAUCAGAGUGGCUGGUAGAAAGAAAGGGUAGAGGUGAGGGUUGGUAGUUAAUUAGUGAGAUAGGGUAGACAAAAAAGAGAAAAUGAGAGAGAGAGAGAGUGAAAGUUUAAUUGUGGCUCAAUGAAGUUAAAGGUUAAGAAAAAAAAAAUUAUGAAAAAAAUUGAAAGAAAAGUCAAAAACAACAAACUAUUCGAAUGGAUGUGAAUACCAAGGUUUUGAGGAGUUGGAUGUACGAAAGUUAAUUUUUGUGUCCUAUUUCAAGAAGUAGAACAUGAAAUGAAAUAAAUAUGUAAAUUUAAAAACAAAAAAAAAAAGAUCCUCACUAACACAGCAAAUAAA